AGAGUACAGCAGCUAAUCUCGACAGACCUGGUGAGAGCAGUCAUGUCAGGGGAAGGAGCGAGCCGUUUGCCGAAUGCUGUAGCGGGGACUCGUCAGCAGCAAAGAGGGCAGAAAGAUGGCCAAAGCUGGGUUUGUCCACUGCCCCAGUGAGAAUGAGCCAGAUGUUGCCUGCUGCUUCUUCUGUCUGCUUGAGCUUGAGGGCUGGGAACCAGAUGAUGAUCCCUGGUCAGAACAUGAGAGACGCUCUAAAUGUGGCUUCUUAACCAUGAAGAAAGACUUCACCAAGCUAACAAUGGCUGAAUUCUGUCACCUGGAGAAAAAAAGGCUAAAGAUUUACUACAAAAAGGUCUGUCACAAGAAGAUGGCUUUUUUGAGGGAUGCCAUAGACCAUACACUUGAGGUGCUUAAAUCUCAGCUGGACUGAUUCUAUGCAUUUAUUUAUUGCAUCUUAUUUUAUUUCAAUACCAGUCUGAAGUGUUAAACAAGAGCCCGCAGCCUGACUCGCUGGUCGGAUUGGAUGGCAGUUCAUAAAACUCAGCCUUAGGCGAAUGCGACACUUUCUUUACAGUACCGUCUUUGACCACAAGAUGGUGCUUUUGCAUUAAAGCUGCAGUUUUGCUAUGACGCUGAUACACUUUCUGAAAUUCCCAAUCUCUCAUCAAAACCUUAACAAAUGCACCUCGCGCUGAAAUGAAAGCGCACAUUGAGCUGGAUUACAAUGCGGGCUAUAUUCUCUCUUUUCAAACACUUACUUAUCAUUUCCCUGAACGUGCCACCAUCCCUACCACCCCUUUUCAAACCUUGACCCUGGACAGAUGGCCUGAAGCCCCUCCUUUUCAAUACCAACUGUUGCCCCAGUAACAUCUGUUACAUAUAGGGGGACAGUGCACUGAGGGCUUGCCAGGAUACUUCUCUAACUCUGAGGGGGACUGAAAUUCAAGAGAUGCUGCAGCUGACAGUAGAAGGUGUGGGAACGAUGGUUGCAUGAUAAGCACUUGACUGGGUUUGUUUUGCACUUAAAGAACAACGGUUUAACCUUUAAAAUCAUUUUACUUUUUCUCCUCUCUUUAUGCAAGAGAAACAUGAUGCAGGCCUCUGUUGGUUUCUCGCUGUGUUUUAUGGAAGGCUUGGUUGGAUGACGUGAAGGAUUAAGAGAUGCUAUCCCUUCCCCAACCUUCCACUGUUCUGGAUUAAUGUCUAAUGUAACACUCUGGCCACUGAGCCCAGAUCAGCUGCUUAAUUCUCUCUUAUCCGCUCACUGCAGAGCAAAUUGAAGAGAAUAUUUUUAGACAAAACUAAAGUAA